AUGGAUCCUGCAUCACCAAACCUUCAACGACUGGAUUUCCCGACCAUCCGCAACCAUCUGGUGCAAUGGAAACCUGCGAUUAUUUCAAACCACAUCGAAAGUUUGGUCAAGCUUUCAACGUCUCACGACAAGCUGGUCACCUUAUAUUGUGACUAUGGAAGCCAAGCAAUUCAGACAUUGGAUGAAGUCGAAAGAAGCAUUUUCCACCAAAUACUGGAUGGCAUGCCAAGACUGCCACAGGAGAUUUAUGACCUGCAUCAAAAGACCAAAGAUGGCUUUUCGCCUUUGUUGAGCGACCUGCAUGGAAUUUUCAGGUCAUCUUCUAUCGAAAUAGGAACGAUCUUUGUGGUCUUAGAUGCCCUGGAUGAAGCCACCGAAGACGUGCAAAAUGGUCUCAUCGCAAGGAUAUCGAGACUUCCAUUUGCCGAUGUGAGGCUGUUGUGCAUUUCACGUCCCUCCACAAAACUCGAGAGAAAGUUUCAAUCUCAUCCCCAUAUUCAAAUUAGAGCAUCCGACGCUGAUAUCACCACCUUCGUACGACAUCGAAUUAGCGACAGCCCAAGGUUGCAUGAUGUUGUAGGACAGGAUGAGGCUCUGAAACAGACAAUUGCCACGGAGGUGAGCGCAAGCGCUGAUGGAAUGUUUCUCAUGGCGCGGCACCACCUUGAAAGCUUGUUCGCUGCUGCAUCUAAAACAGAAAUACGCCGGACUCUUGAACAUCUUCCUUCAACGGUCGGCGAUGUUUACAAAGAUACGAUGAACAGGAUAUCACGGCAACCAAAGAAUGACGCACUGCGGGCGCAGAGAACAUUAUCAUGGGUUUUUGGCGCGUUCAGACGCCUCACGGUAGACGAGAUCCAACACGCUCUUGCAGUGCUCGAACUUUGCCAAGACGCCAAGCUUCAUACCAUCGACAAGCUAACAGAAGACGACUUGCCCCACCUUAACACGAUUGAAUCAUGUUGUCAAGGUCUUCUGAUUCGUGAGGAGGGCUAUCUUCUGCCGUGUCACCAUACCGCUUCGGAGUACUUUAGAGCAGCCUACAGCCAGUGGUUCCCACAGGGUCAUGCAGAUAUUGCAACUGUCUGCUCGGCGUAUCUUUUACAGCAUAGGCUUCAGCGGUCUAUUUCUCGAUACCUGGGUAAGCUCAGAGCCAUGCAACAGGGAUCUUCGUCAUCAGGUCUUUCAGAAUACGAGGCAUGGGCCCUUGACGACAAGCUUAUGAGUCGGUACGAACUGCUUUCUUACGCAGGAAGCUACUGGGGCACUCAUGUCUGGGAAGCAGGUCACCACGCAGACCUGGAAGAAAGAAUGCAAAGUCAUCGGAAUGUGACCCACUGGUGGAUGAAUCUGGAUCUUUCCGGAAGUUUACAACUGCACAAGACUGUUGAGUUGAUUAUCAACGUGCAAACCAGCGUUCGAACUCUGCGAAAAAUUGUUGACCAGGGAGGCGAUAUCAAUGCCCUUGACCAGAGUGGACAGACUAUGCUAUCACAAGCUAUUGGUCGCCAUGACACAGAUGCGGCUAGUUUCUUACUUACUCUUCACGGCCUUCACAUCAAUAUCGAUGGCCACAAUUUUAUGCACACCCUGACGUCUGCUGUAUCGCUCGGGAAUGAGACUCUGCUAGCGUUGAUUACGCACCACCCUAUUCUCAAGAUGCAAUCAGAGAUUUCAGAAAGCUUCAAGUUAUGGCUUUGA